CAAGAUAUAUAUACAUACAUAUACAUACAUAUAUGCACAUAUAAACAAGUAUAUAUAUAUAUUCACAUACGGUUGAAAUGGAUUUGCGCCUGGGUGUGACCGACAAAAUAAAGAUAGCCGCAAAGGCGGUGGGCCACAAGGUCGUUCAGUAUCGACUGAGCACCGGACACACCAAAGUGCUGGAGACCAAAUGCGGCAAGGUGAAGGGCAUGGAGCGCAAGACCGUCUAUGAUGGCGAGCACUACUUUUCGUUUGAGGGCAUACCCUACGGGCAGCCGCCGGUGGGCGAGCUGCGCUUUCGGGCGCCACAGCCAGCACAGCCCUGGGAGGGGGUGAAGGACUGCACCCACACUCGAGCGCAGCCGCUGCAGAAGAACGCCAUAUCGAAUGUGGUGGAGGGGGCGGAGGAUUGCCUGUACAUCAACGUGUAUGCCAAGCGGCUGGAAUCAUCCAGUUCCCUGCCGGUCAUGGUGUGGAUCUAUGGCGGUGGCUUUCAGAUCGGCGGUGCCACGCGCGACAUCUACGGGCCGGACUACUUUAUGAAGCACGAUGUGGUUUUGGUCACCUUCAAUUAUCGCGUCGGCGCCUUGGGCUUCCUCAGCCUUAAGGACCCCGAGCUGCAGGUGCCCGGCAAUGCGGGCCUCAAGGAUCAGGUGCUGGCGUUGCGCUGGGUGCGCGACCACAUAGCCAGCUUCAAUGGCGACGCGAACAACAUUACGCUGAUGGGCGAGAGCGCGGGCGGAGCCUCCGCUCACAUGCUGAUGCACACGGAGCAGGCGCGAGGCCUGUUCCAUCGCGCCAUUGUGCAGUCGGGUUCGGCGCUCUGCGAGUGGUCCACCCAGCCGGACCGAGGCGCCGUCCAGCGGCUGGCCAAGCGCUUGGGCUACAAGGGCGAGGAGGGCAAUGAGAAGCAGCUGCUGCAGUUCCUGAAAUCCGCAUCCGGGCACCACCUGGCACAGUACUGCAAUGCGAUUGUGUCCCAGGAGGAGCAUCGUCAGUACGAGAUAAUUGCCUUCGGGCCCGUCGUCGAGCCGUACAUAGGUGACGAUUGCGUCGUGCCCCGGCCAUAUAUCGAGCUAUUGGCCAGCGCCUGGGGCAAUGAGAUUCCGCUCAUCAUUGGUGGCACCUCCUUCGAGGGCCUCUUCAGCUACCAGUCCACGCUGCAGGACAAGGAGCAUAUGCUGAGGGCCUUCGAGGCCAUUAUUCCGCGACCCGUCCGAGAUGCCAUCGAUGCCAACGAGCUGGCCGAGCAGCUGCGCCGCCUCAAGCUGGCCUAUUUCGACGACGCCGACCGGGCCAGCAUGGAGCUGUUCGAGUGCCUGCGCAUACUGAGCAUCAAGAACUUCUGGCACGGCAUUCAUCGCACGCUGCUCGCGCGCGGCGCCUAUGCCCCAGCCACGCCCACCUACUUGUACCGCUUCGACAUGGACUCGCCGCACUACAAUCACUACCGCAAUCUGAAAUGCGGGCGGCACGUGCGUGGAGUGUGCCAUGGCGACGAUAUAUCCUACAUGUUUUACACGCUGCUCUCCAACAAGCUGGACAAGGCCUCGCCCGAGUACCGCACCAUCGAGCGGCUCGUCGGCAUGUGGACAUCGUUCGCCACCAAGGGCAAUCCGAACUGCUCCCUGAUCGAGCCCAUCCAAUGGGAGCCGGUGCGACCGGGCGGCUCGGAGCUCUGCCUGAACAUCUCUGAAGAGCUGGAGUUCAAGCCAUUGCCGGAGAGCAAAGAGUUUGUGGUCUGGGAUAGCUUCUAUACAAGAGAGACUUUAUACUAGUAAUGCUCUGUCUCUCUCUCUGUCUCUUUCUGUCUCUAAGCUGCCCGAUUUGCAUUUAAUGAACCAGUUCCGCCCAUCGGUUCACUUUAAGCUUUACAAAGCUGUCGUGUUUGAAAAACCACUAAAUUAUCUAUAUAAGUAUUAUUCGACUAUAACUAUCAUACAUAUGUAUGUAUAUCCGAAUUGUAUUUUCUCUCUCCAUCCCAGCAACAUUUCAUUGACUUUAGUCUUAGUCAUUAACGAAUAAUCAAAUGAUUUCCGGCCCUUUUGAAUGUACUCAGUGCUUCUAGCUUUGCUACCAACAAUUGUUAAAAACUCUACGAAUAACC